AUGAAUCUUGGAUCUAUCAAGGUUCCUUUUCCACCACCUGUAAAACCUCAAGAUUUUAUUAACAAUGGAGGAAGAAAAUUUAAGACAAUUUCAAAUAGAAGUCUUAACGCAUUUUUUAUCUAUAGAAGAGCUUACCUUGAUCAACUUCGUGUUCAUGGUAUUAAAGCAAAAAUGACUGAUGUUUCUCCAUUUAUUAGUUCAUCUUGGAAAAACGAACCUUCAUUCGUAAGAGAUGCGUACAAAGAAAUUGCAUGUCAGGUGGAAAUAUUAUUGAAAGAUAUUAAAAAAAAGAAAGAUAAUGAACAAAAGAUAGCAGCAAGUUCAACGAUUCAACAACAACAACCACCAUUUCCUCGAUAUAAUCAAGGGAUUGCGUACAUUUCUGAAAAUCCUUAUGAAUAUAAAUUAUCCACCGUGAAUACGACAAAUAUUUCAAAUGUUUCAAAUGUUUCGACAAAUCUCUCAAAUCCCACAAAUUUUAACAAUGAUUCCUUUAACCAAUUCCAUGGUGGGGUUGGUAGCCCUAAUCUUGAUGAACAAUUAACAUUGUUCCACCAUAAUGAAUCUAUGUUUUACGAUAAUAAUCUGGAUUCACAAUAUAACCUUAACGAAUCCGAAUCACAGUAA